AUGGCUUUCGACUAUAUUGUUGCCGGCGGAGGCACGGCAGGACUCGUCAUUGCUAACCGGUUGUCAGAAAACCCCAGCAUCACGGUCGCGGUCGUUGAACCCGGCAAAGACGUUCGCGAUGAUGCCGGUGUUCUAGACGUAGAUUUGGCUGGUGUCACUUACAGUCCAACGCUUGACUGGAACUUCAAGUCCACCGUCCAAUCUCAGCUUGGGAACAGGGCCAUUGACCAUCACGCGGGCAAGGCUCUCGGCGGCACCACAGUCAUUAAUGGAAUGUACUACAUCCGAGGAGAUCGAGACAAUUACGAUGCCUGGGAACAUCUCGGUAACCCAGGAUGGAAUUGGAACGCGCUACUACCAUACUUCAUUCGCUCAGAGAAGUUCGCGGUCCCAACGGACGCUCAAAUCAAAGCCGGGAUGAGUUAUAUUCCACGAUAUCAUGGGGAAGAGGGUCUCCUCAAGACCGGACACCCUUAUCAAGUGGAGAAUGGCUCUUUCCACAGGUCGGCCAAGGAGACUUGCGAAUCUUUAGGGUUCGCCCUUAAUCAGGAUAUGAAUAGCGGAGAGACUCGCGGUUUCGGUGCAUACCCACAGACCCUAGAUCGAGACGCAAAUGUUCGAGAAAGCGCUGCUCGUGCCUACUAUGAACCGAUCGACAGCAGGCCGAAUCUGCAUGUCAUUCAAGGAACUGUGAAGAGGAUUACCCUCAGUAGCAGUGCGAGCGGCGAACUCGUUGCCACCGGAGUCGAGUACACGGAUGACAAUGAUAACUUGGCCUCCGUAACGGCUAAAAAAGAGGUGAUCCUAUCCGCGGGAACAUACGUGUCGCCCCUCAUACUCGAGGCCUCGGGAAUUGGCAAUCCUAACGUUCUGGCCCGUAAUAACAUCCAGACCAAGCUUGACCUUCCGGGAGUUGGCGAGGGCUUUCAAGACCAACCUCUGUGGGUACUUAUGUUCCAAGCCUCAACCAAACUCACUGGUCACGUCCCCUUUGCGGCUUUCGCUACUGCUCAGGAUAUAUUCGGCGCCGACACCGAUGCCGUGGCCGCUGCUACCAAGGAGAAAAUUGCAUCUUGGUCGGAAGCGAUAGCGAAGAGGCUCAAUGGAGGUGUGUCUGCCAAUGCGUUAGAGAAAAGAUUCCGAGUUCAGCAUGACGUUAUCUUCGACAAGCAAGCUAGCAUGACAGAAUUUGAAUUCUUCUCGUUGGGCAACGUAACUGGCAUCGUCUUCUCGCCUACGUUACCUUUUUCCUGGGGCAGCGUUCAUCUCGACGGUACCGGACAGACAGAUAGCCCAGCAAUAGAUCCUAACUUCUUAUCUAUUGAUUUCGACACGCAGACUGCGCUUAAAGUCGGCCGUAUAGCGCGCAGGAUGUGGUCUACCAAACCGUUGAGCGAGCUUGCGGGCGAUCUUACUGUCCCUGGAGAUACAGUGCUACCGGAAAACGCGACGGACGCGGAAUGGACGGAGUUUCUAACUAGCUCUUGUGUCCCGGCGUUCCACUGUAUUGGAACAUGUGCCAUGCUACCUCGAGAGCUGGGAGGCGUUGUUGAUCCAACACUAAAGGUCUAUGGAACGACAAAUGUGCGGGUCGUUGAUGCUUCGGUCAUACCACAUCUGAUGAGCGGUCACCCAAGUGCUGCGGUAUAUGCGCUGGCGGAGCGGGCUGCUGAUCUGAUCAAGGAGUCCCUUUCCGUCGGGAGUCAAGAUGAAAGCAGGUAG